AUGUCAUCGUUGUCAUCUCUGCAAGGAGCUAGCGGCAAGCUGCUCAGGAGAAUUCAUCGCGCGUGUCGCCCGUCGCUGGACGAGCCGAAUGCUGCGCUGAACCUUGAGAUUUGCGACCUGAUAAACGAGAAACAGGGAAAUCUUCCACGCGAAGCAACAGUGGCAAUUGUGAAACUGAUCAACAGCAGAGAUCCGCAAGUUUCCGAAUUGGCUCUUUCGCUGCUUGAUUAUUUGGUCAAGAAUUGUGGGUAUCCGGUUCAUCUGCAAAUCUCAAGAAAGGAGUUUUUGAAUGAGCUGGUGAAGAGGUUUCCCGAAAGGCCUCCGCCUGUCUACACCCGGACCCAGAGGCUUAUCCUGGGCACUAUUGCCGAAUGGGUCCAGACGAUCUGUAAGACCUCCCGCUACAAAGAGGACCUAGGAUACAUAAGAGACAUGCACAGGCUUCUCAGAAGCAAGGGAUACGAGUUUCCGGCUGUCAAAAAGGAGGACGCAGCGGUCCUCAACCCAAGUGAUAAUCUCAAGUCGAUAGAGGAGAUCCAGAGGGAGGAGAGAAUUGCACAGAGUGCCAAGUUGCAGGAGCUCAUCAGACGAGGCAGACCACAAGAUCUGAAGGAGGCAAACGAGCUCAUGAAGAUCAUGUCUGGUUUCAAGCACGAUGAGACGUUGGACGAGACCAGACAGCGAGUCAACGAGGACGUGGAGAAGGUCAGCAGAAAGGCCGAAAUCUUGGAUGAAAUGCUGAACAAUGCCACAAACGCAGGAACUUUCGACCCAUCCGAUGAAACCAUCUCUGAGCUAAUCAGUGCCCUGAAAGUGGCCCAGCCAAAGCUGCAAGUUUUGGUCCAGGAAGAGUCGGACGAUCAGGAGCAGGUCGGGCGCUUGCUUUCUCUGAACGACAAAAUCAACUCAAUUCUUCAAAAAGCCGAUCUUUUGAAAGAAGGAGACGUGGCCAACGCUUCAAAAGUCAAGGUUUCGGGGGCAGGGUUCAACCUUAUUGAUUUUGACGACGACGAGCCUUCGCCUGCUCCUUCCAGCAACUCUGCCCCAGCUCCAACUUCAAACGACGCCAUUGCAGACCUUCUCGGGGAUCUUGGUGGACUGUCGUUCGAGCCUAAAAAGGGAACAAGCACGGGCAACGAGAGCGUUGGGAGCUUGGGUGGAUUUGGUGCCAUUAAUUUGCUCGACACCAACACCAGAGAACAAUCUCCCUCCGUGGACAUUUUGUCUGGAUUUUCUUCUCCCGUGCAGAACACGGGACUAUCUCUGCAACCUGCACAACCCGCUGUUCAGCCAGCUGCGUUGGACCCAUUCCAGUUUGAUUUCGCCUCAGUGACCAGCCAAACCAGCACUGCAACUACAAUGGUAACGGACGGUAGCCUAAAGAUCGAUUAUGUCAUUGAUCAAAAACAGCCUCUGUCGUUGACUUUCAAGUUUGGCAACACAUCCCCCCUAUCCACGCUCUCGAAAAUACAAUUCUCCAUUGCAGUGACGAAAAGCUUUGAGUUGACUAUGCUGCCUCCCUCCGGUUCGGCCGUUGGCCCCGGAUCCGGCCCGGUGACCCAAAAGGUCACCAUCAAGCACAAAAACGGUGAGCCUUUCAACUCCACUAAAAUCAAAUUCAAGUGCGAUUAUGAGGAGAACGGCACCGCCAAGGAAACAAGCGGCGUCGCAACAAUUUCGUUUUAA